AUGUCUUCUUCCUUGUGUCAAGGGUUUCAAUCUUGUCUUGAACAAGGUGUGAUGGAGCCACGUGUACUUACUCUCAAAUUGGCUCCACCAGUAUCAAACAUUUCAUCUUCUUUAGACCAAGAGAAACCUAUCAUCAUCAACAAAAACGACUCAAAAUCUAGCUGGAGUUUCCUUCAAAAUCUCACUAAAACUGAAAAUGGAAAUGACAAAGUUUAUGUUCAUCCUACUGUGAAACGUUCUGCUUCAAUGCUAAGUGAAAAAAGCUUAGAAAUGUGCACCGAAAGCCUUGGUAGCGAAACCGGUAGCAAUGCUGGUGAAAGUAGUGACGAUCUUUCAUUGCUUUCUUAUGACGCAAGAAACGAUCUUAACAACAGUAACAAUAACAAUAACAAUAAGAACAAGAGCAACAACAAUAGCACGAACAAGGGUGUGUCUAGAAGAGUUAAUAGAGCUAGUAAUUUUCCACCACCACUCACUUCAAUAACUGAUUUUGGUGGUGUUCAUGUUAGGCCUCACCGCGAAGGCGGUAGGUUGAUAUUAGAAGCUAUUGCUUCUCCUUCUAUUACUCCUUAUUUUCAUGCAGAACGUUGUGAUGGUAGGCUUAGGUUGAGUCUAGUUGAGACUGUUUAUGAUUAUGAUGGAGAUGAUGAAGAUUAUGAAGAAGAAGAAGAAGAAGAGGAGGAGGAGGAGGUUGAAGAUCAAGAAGAAAAAGAGGGUGAAAGUGAAAAGCAACAUGAGGUCUAUGAUGAAGUGAGUGAAGAAGAAGAGUGUGUUGAGAAGGUUGAAGAUGAAAUGGGUGUGACAAAGUUUGGAAGACCAAGAAGAUGCAAAGAAAGUGGGAAUAGAGAUUUUUUUGGUGAUGGCUACUUUGAGAUUUCAACUACUAUUUCUCUAUGUCUUUGA